ACGGUCCCAACACCAGCCGGGUCCGUACCACUCCUCCUCCUCCUCCUUCUUCUUCUUCUUCUUCAACCUCAACCACCUGAAAUCAAAGUAGUGUCUGCAAGAAUGUCUGUGGUCGCUGACGUCUUUGCUGCCUUUGACGUGGACGAGUCCGGAGCGCUCGAUAGCGACGAGUUUGCGUCGGCUGUCGCCGCCAUGGGCUUCAACCCCUCGCAGACGCAGCUGGCCAAGGCUAUUGCUGCCAUCGACACAGACAACUCGGGCUGUAUCUCGCUCGAUGAGUUCGAGGCCUUCAUCGACAAGCUCGUCGACAGAGGCACAGACUUUGAUCCCGCCGUUCGCCUCGCCGCCCAGAGAGAAAGCCUCGCCGCCGCUUGCGCCGUUCUGGACUCGGACAACUCGGGCGAGAUCGACCUCGCCGCGCUCCGCACCCUACUCGCCUCGGACGGCGAGCCCAUGGACGAGACCGAGAUAGAUGCCGCCUUUGCUGCCUACAUCCCUGACGGCGCGACCUCCAUCGCCAUCGACGACCUCGUCAGUGCCCUCGUCACUCCGCCCGAGGCCUCACACGUCCCGCUCGACGUUCUCCUCCGCCGCAAGCGCCGCAUCGCUGCCACCUCGCGCGGCAAGUGCAUCCGCCGUGUCCGCCGUCCUGCACCGUCAGCCGAUGCAAGUGCAAGCGCAAACGGAAGCGCAAGCGCAGACCCCGAAGCGGACGCGCACACACGCCCGGACAUCGACAACAACGACGCUUCCCGCUCCGACCGCUCGGCAAGCGAAAAUCCGGGCUACGACGACGCUUCCCGCUCCGACCGCUCGGCAAGCGAAAAUCCGGGCUACGACGACGCUUCCCGCUCCGACCGCUCGGCAGGCGACGAUGCCGGCUACGAUGAUGAUGCUUAUGACGAUGGGUACGAUCAGGUGCCGUCGCGUUCUGGCUCCCACUCGGGCUCACGCCAUCCCUCGCCCUCCCACUCCCGCUCGGCCUCCCACUCCCGCUCGGCCUCCCACUCUCGCUCGGCCUCCCGCUCUGGCUCUGGCUCUGGCCCGGGCGCCGCCGAUGCCGAUGCCGACGACCGCGAGGCGCGUAAGGCCGCUAUGCGCGCGCGCAUCGAGGCCCGCCGCGCCGCAGCCCGCGAGCGCAAGGAGGCAUCGGUUGACAACGACGAACCUGUCCGCGACUCGACUACCGGCUCUGGCUCCGGCUCGGGCCGCCGCCGCCGCCGCUGGUGCCACGCCAUCCUGUACUGGAUUCUGGACGCCGCGCUCAUCAACGCGUACGCGCUCUGUGCCAACGCGAGCCCGCGCCCCGCCAUGACUCGCGUGGCUAUCAUCGACGCCCUCAACGCCAGCGCUGACGCCGUCAGCUACGCGCCGUCGCGCAAGCGGGAGCGUCCCUCUGCACCGGCUGCUCAUCAUCACCACUUUCCCCAGCAAACUGCUCUGCGACGCGACUGCCUCGCCUGCCGGAAGCUUCAUGGCAAGCGAUCGCAGCCGCGGAUCUUUUGCGCUGCGUGCGGCGUCCACCUCUGCAUCGCCGACUGA